UUCUGCCACUGAUCGUUGUUUACGAUUUAGUAAAUAUUGAUUUGAACGUCAAGCAAUUUGAUAAUUUUAUAUUUUAAUCACAUUGCGAUCAAAUUUUGAUAUAAUGGCCGAAGGACCGUCAUCGUCAUCACGCGAACUUGCUCGAAAGAUAACAUUCGAAGAGCUGUGCGAUGAUGUUGCAGGUAGAUUUACAAUACUAAAGGGGGAAUCAAAAAAACAGCUGACCGAUCCGAAUUUCACCGGUCGAACAAUUUUAUCCGUAUUCGGCCAGAGUAUGUCCAUCCUAGGAUGCAAGGAGGUGGUUGGCAAAGAAGUGUGUGACGUUUCGAUCGCAAGAUCGAAUGAUAUAAUGAGAUUGCGAAAUUCAAACGGUGACCGAAAUGUACUGGCAAGAGUUAUAAGACCUGAAGGUCAACGUGGAAUUGGAUCCAAAGAUUUUAUCCUGAAAGUCAAAACUAGCGUUCACGUCCCACAAAACCCACAAGGUCGAGGACACGACCUAAAAACUAAGUACACCGAACAGAAACAAAGAACAACGAAGAAAACCACAGAGGUUGGUCAAGUUACUGCCGAGUAUUUCACAACUCGUCGAUACGUUUUUGGCGAAGAUAUGUUGUUGGAGCAUGUAAUUGCCUACAUCGCCAAUAAAAUUAAAGACGCUGAGGCCGAAAAAACGAAAAAGGUUUCAACGGUAGACAUCGUUUGA